UUGCCUCCAGUCCAGUUCAUUCCACUGGUGCAAAUGCCCUUGUCAGUGGAAUUCGCUGUCAAGUAGAGCAACAUAAUUAGUGAAGUUGAGUUUUUGUUUCACAGUUUUGCACUUUUUAGCAUACUGUUGCUUUUAAGACCAUGGCUGCCAAGAUUUUGCCUGUAGUCAAGUUUGCCACAAAAGUGACCAUUGCAGGAGGAGCCCUAUAUGUGGCAUAUGAUUCGGGACUUCUUGGAGGUAGCGAGGAGGGAUCUGUUGCCUUGGGCCGAGCUAAAGCAGCCAUCCCACCAGCUGUGGAGGAGUGGAUGAAGUACUUUGGCUUUGAGCUUCCAGCCACGCCUAAAAUUGAGUUCUCCCCACUGAACGCAUGGAACUCAGGGGUCCAGAAGUCUAUUCACGCUCUAUCGGUUGCUCCAUCCACAGUUAGUGACUACACCAAACAAGGCCUGCAAUACGCUAAAAAACAUUUAAAAUGAGCAUUUAGACCUUCAAAGUUUCAGCAUCUGAGAAGACACACAUCAAGAAGCUUUUUCACCCUCAUAUACGCCGGACUGAAUUCCAUUAAGUUUUGAGGAACAACAUUUAGAGUUUGUAAAAUUCAAAUAUGAAUAUUACAAUGGUAAAAAUUCACUUGUUUUACGCAUGCGCUUUUCAGUUACAGAAAUAACAGAAACAUAGUUUUGAGAUGAAUCCAAAUUUAAAGAUAAUAAUACAAGAGUGUUCUAUAUGUAUAUUGUUGUUGGACUUUUAUUUAUUUGAGAAAUCCCUUCCUGGAAAUGCUCUUUUCUGGCAUUGAUUCACCAAAAUUCACCUUUAAUAUUGACACAAAUGCAGUUUUGUAUAGUUUAUAAUCCCGUGUUGCUUUGUCUAAUGUAAAAUAAAUCAUGUCAAAUAUUUUGAUGGAUGGAGUUCUUCUGUGUAAUUGUGUGUUUUUUUUUUUUAAACAUUGUUUACAAGACUAUGGGAGUUAAUCUCGGAAACGAUCUGUUGACCACAUAAAAGCACAAGUUAGUAACACUAUUCAGCUUUACCACAGAGUGAUGCUGCAUUUGUGUCAAGAUGGACCCCAACCAUUUUCUGCACGUCUUUACUCAUUUUGAAAGUUUUCUGUGGCCGCAUACGUUUUAUUACCAGAACAUGUAAGAGAACUUAUUGUGCGUGGAAAAACAAUACAGGGUUUGUGGGUUGUGUGUGCAUUAUGGCCUACAUAGUUGAGCAGAGAUCUGUUUAAACUUAAGGAAAUACAACGAAUGAUGAGAACUUUUUCAGAAGCAGUUUCCUUUUUCUUUCAACCUGCCUAAUGCACUAACAACGUUUUUGUGACCAUC